CAAUUUCAUGAAUGUUGCAUUAUUCUGAAUCUGGUGCUGAUAUGAUCGGUAACAAAACACUUACAAAGGAUAUGCAACUAUAGUAGUUUGAUGACUUAAUGCUGUGAACAGUACCAGUUUGUUUGAUUCUUAGAAUCAAUAUGGCAUCAUACCAAACGGAAGUGUUCUUUGAGUCUAAAUGUCAUCUAAAGCACAUAAAAGUGUGAUCUGAAGUCCAGAACUCACAUUGCACCGGAGAAAAGACAGGACGAACGAAGAUGAAGACUGCAACUGCAUUAGAGAUUCUGGCACUAGCAACUGUGGCAGCCCUCGUGAUCAACAAUGCGGAGGGGCAGAGUGUCACAAAAUGCACUCUGAAGAAGAAACUAGAGGAGGCAGGCCUGCCCUUGCCCGACAAUUCCAGGGAAAAUGGCCUUACAAAACAGAAUCUGCUGGCAAAAAUUGUCUGCAAGGUUGAGGUGAACACUGGCUUCAACACCAGCGCUGUGUCCCAUUUUGAAAUGGGAGGGAAAAGUUCUGUGGGGUCAAAAAGUCGAGGGUCAUCCAGGCAGGAAAGUGCAUCUUCAGAUGCUCAUAGUUCAGAAAGCCAUGAGGAGGACAUUCCCAUCACAACACUGUAUGGGCUUUUUCAGCUGCCUGGUACAGUGGCCUGUACCAACGGCUCCAACCCAAGUCUCAACAUCUGCCAGAUGGAUUGUGCCGAACUUAUUGAUGAUGAUAUCACUGAUGACAUUGCCUGCCUUAAGACACUUCUAACACCAGAUUCGAGUGAUCAGACAAAUGAGGAUGAUGAUGAUGGGGAUGACGAUAAUGGUUCAAAAUGGAGGAGUUUUUUCAAAGACAUGUGGAAGCCCACGUUUCCAAAGGCAUGUGAAAAAGUGUCUAAGUUCUUCUCUAACUGUGUCUGAGAAGCAAAGCCCAUUAUCUGAAGCUUUAGAUGAACCUACAUAUUCAUUUUAUUCAAUUUCUUUAAUGUAAUGAAUGUCCACCACCAAUGGUAUAAUUUGGGCUGUAUAUUGGGAGGGGGGGUUAGAUGAACACGUCUGUAGGGGGGUCUGGGGGCAUGCCUCGCCUCCCCCCAUUUUACUUUUGGAUAAUGCAGUUUUUAUCUGGGCUAUGGUUACGCUAGUCAUUUCAAUGCAAUUUCUAUGUGACUUCUAACAUCCGAUGCUGCUAGGCUGCAUUAUGUGACAGGUUUGGCCAUGCACAAAUUGGGUUUUGUUAGCACUGGGAUUGGACCAGCCAAACGAUCAAUUUUUCUCACCACCUGUUCAUCUACUUUUAAAAGUGACCCAUAUCCAAUACCAGUGUUAACACGGUUGACGCUUGAAACAACCCGACUGUGCACACGAGGGUUUGGUUACCGAACCUGAAGUAAACAAGCACACAGGCACAGCCAUAUCACCAUCUGCAAUGGACGCAAACGAGACAGAAUAAUUCAAGCUAUUUGUUUCUUAAGCAUCCUUAGAGGUCUGCAAUGAACACCCUAAGAAUGGGCUGUAUCAACAUUUCCCCCCACAGGCUCAAAAGGCACGCAAUCUCAGUAUUUGUCCACUGACUUGAGCCGUUGUCCUCCUGUGUAAACGUAGCCUUGGCGAGGUGGCCUACUGUAGGCCACUUUUUGAUUGGACGCUUAUAUACGCUUUGCGAAUGCAGCAGAGGGCACCAGACACCUUCUAGGCUGUAUAUAAUGCUGAUGCUUUGCUCACGUUCAACUGUCAAAUGUAGACACAACUCAAAUAUAGCCUGAUGUGAGUGGA